AGGAGAGCGGCUUGGUGAUGCUGAAGAGACACGUGCGGCAGCAGCGGUCCAUCGAGGACUACGGCCAAACCAUCAAGGAGCUGGCAGGGAGGGCUCAGCAGCUGCUCGCCGCCGGCCACCCCGAAGGGGAGCAGAUCAUCCGGCUGCAGGGCCAGGUGGACAAGCACUACGCCGGGCUGAAGGAGGCGGCCGAGGAGCGCCGCCGGCGCCUGGAGAACAUGUCCCACCUCUUCCAGCUGAAGCGGGAGGUGGAGGACCUGGAGCAGUGGAUCGCCGAGCGCGACGUGGUCGCCUCCUCCCAGGAGAUGGGGCAGGACCUGGACCACGUCACGCUCCUGAGGGAGAAGUUUCGGGAAUUUGCACGGGAGACGGGCAGCGUGGGGCAGGAACGGGUGGACAGGGUGAACCUGACCAUCGAGGACCUCAUCGACGCCGGGCACGUGGAGGCGGCCACCAUGGCUGAGUGGAAGGAUGGGCUGAACGAGAGCUGGGCCGACCUGCUGGAGCUCAUCGACACCCGCAUGCAGCUCCUCGCCGCCUCCUACGACCUGCACAAGUACUUCUACGACGGUGGAGAGCUGCUGGCCCUCAUCGCCGCCCGCCGCCAGGAGCUGCCCCAGGACCUGGGGGAGGACGCCGGCACGGUGGAGGCUUUCCACCGCAUGCACAGCGCCUUUGAGCGUGACCUCCAGCUGCUGGAGACACAGGUGAGGAUGCACCCCGUGGAUGGUGGGGAUGCCCAGAACUGA